AUGGAUUUCAUUAGAGGGACAUCAUUAUUGUUCGUAUUAUCAUUAUUACUCGUCAAGCAAUCAAUACAAGUCAAUAAUCCCCCAAGUGGAUAUUGUGCUCAGUAUAAUGGGAAGAUAUGUAGAAAAUAUUUAAAUGCUUCAAUUCUUAUAUGGUUCAACAAUACUUUGACAAAUGAAGGAAGUGAACAAAAUGAAAUAAUCACUACCGGUCUAUGGGAAGAAAUGUUGCCCAGCUUUUCAAAAACAUGUAGACCAGCAGCGGAAAAACUUCUAUGUUUAUAUGCAUUUCCUCAUUGUCAUCAAGAUACAUCUUAUUUUCCACUUUGUUAUGAAGAUUGUAUUGCAGUACGAGAAUUAUUUUGCUACAAAGAAUGGGCAUUGAUUGAAGCAAAUAAACAAAGGGGAAUUUUUUAUAAAUCUAAAGGACAUUUUUCUUUACCACUUUGUGAGAACCUACCACAUAACUCACAGAAUGGUAAACCUGUAUGUUCACAUGCCAUGCUCACAGAGCUAAAACAAGAUGAAAUAACAAUUGAUUGUAUUCGUGGCAAUGGUCGUUUCUAUCAAGGAUUUAUUAAUGUAACUAAAUCGGGUUUGGCAUGCCAAAGAUGGGAUUCAAAAGUUCCUCAUGAAUUUGUAAGACCACCAAAUGUAUUUCCUGAAGUUCAGAAUUCUGAAAAUUAUUGCCGAAAUGCUGGAGGUGAAGUAUCUUCUCCGUGGUGUUAUACUAUGGAUCCUGAUGUGAGAUGGCAAAAAUGUGAUGUACCCCUUUGUGAUAAAAAUGAAACUGAAAUAGUGGAAACAAAACUUGAUAUCAUUAAUAAUGACACGGCUAUAAAUACCAUUACAUUGAUCUUAAACCAUAUUGAAACGUUUAUUGAUCAAACAUCAACAACACAUCUGCACAUAUUUCUUGUAAUUGUUGGAGUUCUGAUACUUUUAGUAUCAGUUUUAAUAUUAGUGUUGUGCAACAAGUUGUUGUCUAAUAAAACUUCAUAUAGAUCUACACAAACUCGAGAAGUUGAUAUAGAUUUAGAUAAAUUACCAAGUAAUUCUGCAUAUCAUCAAUAUGGAAUGUGUUCAAAUCCAAAAUUAGAAAAACUUGAAUUUCCCAGAAACAAUAUAAUAUAUGUAAAAGACUUGGGCCAAGGAGCAUUUGGGCGUGUAUUCCAGGCCAAAGCACCUGGUCUGCUGAAAGACGAAGAAUUUACAUUGGUAGCUGUAAAAAUGUUAAAAGAUGAAGCUUCAAACGAUCUACAAGUUGAUUUUGAACGAGAAGCUUGCCUAUUGUCAGAAUUUGAUCAUCCUAAUAUUGUCAAGUUAUUAGGAGUUUGUGCUUUAGGUAAACCAAUGUGUUUACUUUUUGAAUACAUGGGCCGUGGCGACUUAAAUGAAUUUCUUCGUUCAUGUGCACCUAGCAAUUACAUUGUACAUUCAGCUGAAGCUAGGGGUGAUGUUUUUCGUGAUUUAAAUCUUACAAACUUGGAUAUGUUGAAAAUAGCUCAACAGAUUGCUUCUGGUAUGGUUUACCUAUCCGACAGAAAAUUUGUGCACAGAGAUUUAGCAACCAGAAAUUGUUUAAUCGAUGACACAAUGACAGUAAAAAUAGCAGAUUUUGGGCUUUCACAGAAAAUGUAUUUACAAGACUAUUACAAAGGUGAUGAACAUGAUGCCAUACCUGUUCGAUGGAUGCCUUUAGAGAGCAUUCUCUACAAUAAAUAUACAGUUGAAUCAGAUGUCUGGGCAUUUGGUGUGUGUCUUUGGGAAAUUUUUUCUUUUGCUCUUCAACCGUAUUAUGGCAUGACACACGAAGAAGUCGUUAAAUUCAUCAAAGAUGGCAACGUUAUGAAUUGUCCUGAAAAUACUCCAAAAUUGGCAUAUGAGCUUAUGAAACAAUGCUGGAGUCGAAAACCUGAUUCACGUCCUACUUUCCGUACAAUUUAUCAAACUUUAGAAAAUGUUCGACAAGAAGUUGUUUGCCGUAUGAAUGGUGGUCUGCCUUCACAUGCCCAUUUGUGA